CGCAUAACAUAUCCCUGAAGCACCGCGACACGCGGCUUCACCAUGCUAGCACGCGACAUAACAAACUCACCAUCGAGCCCUUGACCGCUCUCGCUGCUUCCAAUCUACAACUCAAUGGCUUUCGAAUUUGGCGGUGCCUCGCAGUCCUGGACACAUGCCCUGGCGCCGCUGGCCUCGGUCGGGAUGCUGCCGAUGCCCUACCCGCCGCUCCUGCUCCUCGGCGACGCCCUGAGACGCGCCGUAAGCUCGGCAGUUGCAGCCCCCUCCUCAGCAUCUGGCGCGACAACUAGCACUGUCGACGUCUUCCCGGCGGCAGAGCUGUUCACCGCGGUGGAGCACGUCCUGCUUUCUGCCUCCCGGGCAAAGGCGGCCGCCGCUGCCGCAACUGGCGCGCCGCUGCCGUCGAUGCUGCCGGACUGGGUCGCGCCCGCGUGCCUGCUCCUGGCUGCCCUGGCGAUGGACCACCACGUGCGCCUGCACAGCGCCCGGGCCUGGGACCGGCGGCAGCAGGGGUUUCCACCCGCAUGGCAGCUGCAGCAGGCUCUGCAGGGGCUGCAGCAGGGGCUACAGGCCGCCAGCGGGGGCGGCUGCGUCACCACACAGCAGCAGCAAAGCCUCACCGACACGGCCACGGCCACAGCAAUGCUUAGUGCCCUGGGCCUCGGCGGCGCGUCAGAGGCUGCGGCUGCGGCGGGCAGCAGCAGCAGCGGCGGCAGAGCAGGAGCUGGGGAUGGGGUCAGUAGCAGUGGUGGUGGUGGUGGUGGUGGUGGUGGCGGGGAGGAUGAGGACGACAGCGGCGGCGACGAGUACGACGAUGAUGACACGACUGAGGCCGCGGAGGAGGGCGAGGCCGAGGAGAGCGAGGGCGGGGAGGGAGAGGGUGGGGCGGGAGGGGAUGCCAUGGAGUAUCAGACGGAGCUGCGUGCUUUGGAGGCGCGCCUUGAGGUUGCGGUCCCCCGGGCGCGGGCAGAGAUGCUGGUGGCGGCGCUGGGUGAAGCCGCGGACAUGGUGCCGGUCCUGCAGCCGCUGAUGUCCAAGCACACACCGGCCGAGGUCAUCCGGGCGCUGGUUUGGACGCACGAGGCGGUGCGGAACGGCGACGUGAAGCGCGCGGACGGCACCGGCAACAAGGCCCUGGGGGGCAUUUUCUUUCGACAGCUCAAACGCCUCAAGGCGGAGGCAGGCCUGCAGGCGGCGGCGGCGGCGGCCGUACGGCGGGCACCGCCGCCCCUGCUCCGGGCUUACCAGGCUGAGGCGGUGGGCAAGCCGCCGGUGCUGUUGCUGGUGGUGGUGGUGGUGCUGCUGCUGCGAGUGGUGGUGCUAGUGGGGCGGCGGCUGGCACCGCAGCGGCACUACGCGGCGCUGGCGGCGGGGUGGCGGGGCAACUGGUUGGUGGUGUCGCCCACAGGCUCCGGCAAGACACGCAUGAUCGCAGAGGUCAUACGGUCGUGCAUGGAGCACGUGCGCGGCCAGCAGCACCCACAGUGCCGCCGCCCCGGUGGCAGCGGCGGCGGCGGCGGCGGCGGCCGCGGCGCCCUGGUGGUGGUGCUGGUGCCGCAGACGGUGCUGACCACACAGCACGUGGCGGAGUUCCGGACGGUGCUACAGCCGCCGCUACUGCCACCUGCCGAACUCGCUGGGCGGCAGCAGCAGCAGCUACAGCUGCCGCUGCUGGCGGCGCACUCCGGCGACCACCCGCUGACGUGGAGCAAGUGGGCGAGUUACCUGGCCGCUACCGGGCGUUGCAGCCGCAGCGACAGCAUGGGCGGCAGUAGCAGCGCCAGCGCCAGCGCCAGCGCCAGCGGCAGUAGCAGUAGCAGCAGUAGCAGCUUGGACACCGGGGCAAUGAGCGGGAGCAGCAGCGACAGCAGUGGCAGCAUCAGCAGUGGCAGUAGCGGCAGUGGCAGUAGCGGCAGUAGUGGAACAGGCGGGGCCGCUGCCGCAGCUGGUGGCGGCGGCGACGGCGGUGUGCGGGAUGUGGUGCUGGUGGUGAUGGGAAAGAUGUUUCAGGACCUGUUGCAGGUGGACGCGAGCUGCAUGCAGCACCUGGACCUGCUGGUUCUGGACGAGGCCCACCACAGCAAGAAGUGCCACCCCUACGCCGAGGUCAUGCGCCACUACAACGUGCACGGCGGCGGCGGCGGCUGUGAUGGUGGCGGCGGCGGCUGUGGCGGCGGAUGUGAUGGUGGCGGCGGCGGCUGUCGCGGCGGCUGUGGCGGCGGCGGCGGCAUGCCUAUGCCACGUGUGCUUGCGGUGACGGCUUCCCCAGCCAGCCACCGGGAACCCGACGCGCUGCGAGAGAAGAUGGCCAAGCUCCUGAGCAAGCUGGGGGCCGCCAUUCACGUGGUGCCGGUGGUGAAGGCCGCCGCCGCCCAGCAGACGGCGGCGGCGGCGGCGGCGGUGCCGGCGGGGGUUCAGCCGCAGCAGGCGGUGGCAGCGGCGGCGGCGAGCCACGGCCCUCAGCAGCAGCAGCAGCAGCAGCAGCAGCAGCAGCAGCAGCAGGCGGCGCCGCCGCCGCCGCACCUGCAGACGGCGGCGCUGGCGGCGGCGCUGCCGCCCGGGACACGGCAGGUGGCGAUGCGGGACGUGGACGUGGCGCUGAUUAAGCAACUGCAGGGAUGUGCGAUCAGCACCACAAUUGACCUAGCGGAGGCCGUGGCGGAGCUGGAGCCGGUCGGUGCCUGCGCAGAGGCGGAGGUGCAGGCCCUGGAGGAGAAGCUCUGGCAUGCCGCGGAGGUCACCCUGCAGCGGCAGGAGCAGCAGCCGGCGGGGGCCCCGCUGACCACGCUGCUCAAUGACAUUGGCGAGGUCGUCGGCGAGCGCGGUGCCGCGCGGCGGCUGGCGGAGCGCUACAGCUGCCCCCGCCUGGGCCGGGCCUGCCGCCUGCUGGACGGCCUCCGCAAGGCCGUGGAGUUUGCGGAGGACGCGGGGAUGGAGGCCUGCCUGCCACACCUGGCGGUCAAGGCAGCACGACUGGCGGCGGAGGAGGCGGCGGAGCUGGCGGCGGAGGCGGCGGCGGCAGCGGCGGGGCUGGAGGGGCCGCCGCCGCCGGUGUUGCGUAGUGAUGGUGGUGCUGCUGCUGCGCCGGGGAUGCUGGGUGGCGGCGGCGGUGAAGAUGGAGGCGGCGCUUUCCUGGCGCAGUUGCGGGCGGAGGCGGAGGGCCUGCAGCUGCCUAGCGGGGCAGAGGUGGCUGCACAGCUGGCGGCGGCGCGGGCGGCGGCGGAGGGGCCGCAGCCCGGGAACAGCUGCAACGACGUCAAGCUGCGCGUGUCGGGCAUUGCACGUGCGCUGCUGGUUGACGGCAGCGGCGCGGACGCAGCCGGUGGUGGCGGCGGCAGCGGCUGCAUGCUGCUACAGCCGUUCAACCGCAUGCUACCGCCGCCGCAAGCUGCCGCCGCCGCACUGCAGCUGGUGCGCGGCUGCUUCACGUCCGGCGUACUGCAGGAGGCGACGUUCCCCAAGUACUGGACCCUUAUGGAGUUCCUGCAGCGCUACGGACCCGGCAGCAAGGUGCCAUCAGCAGCGGCCGCUGGCGGCAGUGGCAGCAGCGGCGGCGGCGGGGACUGCUUCCGUGGCAUCAUCUUUGUGCGGACCCGGCAGACGGUAUUCCACCUGUCUGACAUGAUCCGCCGUACACAGCAGCUGACACAUGUAGAGGCGUUCCCCAUGAUCGGUCGCGGCAACACCGCUGGCAAGCGGCCUCCGCAGCCGCUUCAGCCGUCUCAGCAGUGGCAGCAGGGCGGCGGCGGCAGUUCACUGCUGCCGCCUCCACCACCACUGCUGUCCCAGCAGCAGGACCGGCACACUCGCGGAAUGGGGGACGGGGACAAGGAGGCCGUGCUGCGCUGGUUCAGGGCUCCGGGCGGCGGCGGCGUGAGCUGCAAGGUCCUGAUCGCCACGUCCGUGGCCGAGGAGGGGCUGGACGUGCCCAGCUGCGAGUUCGUGCUACGCUACAACUCCGCCGCCACUGGCAUCCAGCUCACACAGAGCCAGGGCCGCGCGCGCAAGUUCGAGGUGGCAACCUUCGUGACCAUCCUGCAGGACGGAUCCCUGGACGCGCACCUGGACUCCAAGUCGCGCGACGAGCAGCGCGUGAUGGACGAGUACCUGCGGAUGGUAUAGAAGCCGGGGCCAGACAUACAGCUAGCUAGUUAGCAUGGCGUAAGCGGCAGCUGAGGAGCUCCGGAUCCACCGAUAGAAAAGUAAAGGGGCAGGCAGCUAGCGAGCUCUGAUGCAAGCGCAAGCGAGUGGCCCGCAGGUGCCCGAUCGUGUGCCCGAUGCACGGUGCACGAGGGCUUUUGGUUGUGAUGCAGGCAGCGCAAGCGUGGGAUGGAGGGAGAAUGCGCGUGUAGUGAGAGCCAAAGCAUUUGUGCACAGUGAACGGGUGAUGACAUACAGUGUAGAUGGUAAACGUAAGGUUGCGAUAUUACAAAGAAGGGGCAGUCCGACCAACCAAGCAAGGGUGCCCAGCACCCAGGUCAAGAGGGACCAUCUCCGGCCCGAAGGGAAACCACCCUCCCCCCAGUUGGCUACCGACCUUCCACAACCGUGCAA